GAAGAGAGUCUUCAUCGCUGCUGCGCACCAUAAGCAGACCGACAUAUGAGAGCAUGUGAAAGGAGAUUUCGAGCUUUGUCGUGUUUACAGAGGGCAAUAUUAUACUUUUCGUAUUCAAGUAGUACGAUAGUAACGCUUAAGUUCGUUUUCUCCCGUUCUUAAAGUAUUUUAAGUGGAGUCAACAGUUUUAUUUUGAACAAAUCUAAACUGCGCUUGAUCACUUUGACGCCAAACACGAAUAAAGCAUCUGAGUAAUAGUAGAUUAUUUGUAUCAUUACUUUAAUGCUUUAUAAUUUACAAACAUGGACGAGAAGUCAUUUACGAAAGAAUUGGACCAAUGGAUCGAGCAACUGAACGAGUGCAAGCAACUGUCGGAAAACCAAGUGAAGAUUUUGUGUGAGAAGGCUAAAGAAAUUUUAUCCAAGGAGUCAAAUGUCCAGGAAGUGCGUUGCCCGGUGACAGUAUGUGGAGAUGUGCAUGGCCAAUUUCACGAUCUAAUGGAGCUGUUUAAGAUUGGGGGUAAAUCACCAGAUACUAAUUACCUCUUCAUGGGAGACUACGUGGAUAGAGGUUACUAUUCAGUAGAAACAGUCUCACUUCUGGUAUCUUUAAAGGUUCGAUAUCGGGAGAGAAUUACGAUCUUGCGCGGGAAUCACGAAAGCAGACAAAUCACACAAGUCUAUGGGUUCUAUGACGAAUGCCUGAGAAAAUAUGGAAAUGCAAAUGUUUGGAAAUAUUUCACAGACCUCUUUGACUACCUUCCGCUUACAGCCCUUGUAGACACACAGAUAUUCUGUCUCCAUGGAGGAUUAUCACCUUCAAUUGACACACUGGAUCACAUUCGCGCGUUGGACCGUAUCCAAGAAGUUCCCCAUGAGGGUCCCAUGUGUGAUUUGCUGUGGUCAGAUCCGGAUGACCGCGGUGGCUGGGGAAUUUCCCCCAGAGGGGCAGGGUACACAUUUGGCCAGGACAUAUCAGAGACUUUUAAUCAUGCCAACUGCUUGACAUUGGUCUCGCGUGCCCACCAGUUAGUCAUGGAGGGUUAUAACUGGUGUCAUGAACGCAAUGUUGUGACAAUCUUCAGUGCACCCAAUUACUGCUACCGAUGUGGUAACCAGGCUGCCAUCAUGGAACUCGAUGACACGCUCAAGUAUUCCUUUUUACAGUUUGACCCCGCGCCACGUCGAGGAGAGCCCCAUGUUACCCGUCGCACUCCAGACUAUUUCUUGUAGGACGGGAAGGCUUUUUGAAACAGUAUUGCAGCACUGCUUGGCCAGUGGACAAUGAUCAUUCAUAGAAGACAUCUGCUGGCCUGUUUGGAUCUUCAUUAACUCAGCCUUUCUGCAAACCCCUCUCCUAGGACCAAAACGUGUGCCAUAUAUGUAAUGCAAUAAGAUGACAAUACAUGCGGUCGUCUCACUAAGUUCACAAUUACUUAGUAUACAGUAGUACACUCCCAUCGGCACAGUGUGUUUUUCUGUCACUCUACUAAAAAGCUGUUAUGUUUUUCCAAAGCGCCAUGUGUUUUAGGAUUAAAUAUUUGAAUAUACACUAAAACGCUUUUUACUGGAUAAUGUACAAUUUGUGGUGAGCUUUAAAUAGUGUUGUUUUCUUUUAACUGCCUUUCCAUGCUGCAUGGCCUCGGGGUACACAUUGAGCUGAGCUGUCAUCAGGCAAAUUUCUGACUGCUGUUUAAACGUACGCCACCGGCAGCGUUUUGUUGCAGGAGGGUGCGAGACACUUAAGUUAAAUCCUUUUUGAAUAUUAAACAGUACUUUUUCAAGGCAGUAUUUCUUGUUGUUAGUUUACAGAGCAUCAGCAGUGUUUUCUUUGUGUCUGCUUUUGUAUGUAUUUACUUCAUUCCCCUGUAAGUGGUAAAUGAGAGCACAAUUAAUAGGGAUGUAGGCAAUAAACACCUGUGGUAUUUAUA